AAUAACUGACAACUGUCAAAUAAAUAUCGAUGUUUGUUGAAAUUGAAAUGUUUCUAUAAACAAUACGUUAACUUUUAUAUUGCAUAUAAAAUAAGUGUUAACAUAAAACAGUUUUGCUUGAAAACUGUAAGGUGCUGCAUUUAGAUGACACUGGGACGCAAAUAUCAGAAUUGUUCCGGGAAUGCUGGGGAUACUCGUAAGGUCUAUGCUAGCCAGUCGAAGUCGGGUUCUCUUUCGGGGUGCUCCUCUUCAAUAUCUCUGUGCGACAUGAUCGAGCCACCGGACUACGAGGAGGUGUGCGAGCGGUUGAUGGGGGAGAAGGACCCGCUCGCAUACCCCACCAAUGACAUUGAACUGGUCACCGUGCCCCGUAGGAUACGGACCUUAAAGCAUAUACUGCCUGAUGAAGACCUGACGAAGGCGCCGAUGUUCGUACGUGACUGUAUAAGAUGUUAUACAUCAGACUACACGGUUGUGGAGUACAAGUACCGCAUGUACUCCGGCUCGGCGGGCGGUCGCGAGCGGCUCGCCGAGCGGCUCGAGCGCUUGCUCAGCGCACCGCCGCAUUACUAUGAAGUGGACGCGGAGCCAUGUGCAGUGCUUGAUGAUUUAGCUUUGCAGCAACAAUUUGAAUCUCAGCCAUCAAGUGGUCGACAGUCAGUAGCUUCAAUAACAUCUUCGCUGUCAUGCAAUGAGACUCUCACCCCGCGCGGCUCCUGGGCCAGCCUCGACUUGCAGAGCUCCUCCUCUGAUCCUCUCAUACCUGAUCUCUUCGAGAAGAAACCUCCAGAGCAAAUGGACGCAUUAAAUGAGGCUAGAAGGUUGGAGAACCGUCAGGCGGAUCUGCUGGGGCUGUACUCCCCCUGUCUGGACGAGGAGGAGGCGGUGGAGCGCCGGCUGGCGGCCGAGAUGCCCUGCGAGGUGAUGGGACACAGGAUAUUGGUUGUCUGCCAUCAGCUCAAGUUGGAACUAGAUGUGGAACCUCUUUUCGCUUCUAUGGCAUUAUUUGAUGCGAAAGAAAAAAAGAAACUGUCAGAAAACUUCUAUUUCAACUUAAAUUCGGAGAGCACACGUCAGAUGUUGUCAGGACACGUGGCCCACGCUGACGUGUCCACAUUGAGCCGCAGCGCUGUCUUUGACAUCGUCAACCCCUCGCCUGAUAUAUUCCUCGUCGUCAGAGUCGAGAAAGUUCUGCAGGGAGAUGUCAAUGAAUGUGUUGAACCUUAUAUUAAAGACGAUAAGAACCGUGAGAAAGUGCGUGCGGGUGCGCAGGCGGCGUGCAACCGCCUGGGCAAGUACCGCAUGCCGCUGUGCUGGAGCGCCGUGUCUCUGCUCAACAUCCUGAGCGGCUCCAACAGUCUUGAGCGCGACGCGGACAAGGACGCCCUCCCCAACAACAACAACAAUGCUAACACCAACAGCCUAGAUCGCAAGGCGUCAUCCAGCAGUUUGGAGCAGCUGCGUCGCCGCGCCGGCGAGGUGGGCGGCUCUCUGACACGCAAGGGCUCCAUAGAGCGACGUGCGCUGCCCGCACAGCAGGCGGACGAGCUGGUCGCACAUCUCGACACCUUCAAACCUAUCGUCAUCACUGUCACCAGCUUCUUUAAGCAGGAAACUGACAAACUUCGUGAUGAAGAUUUGUACAAGUUUCUUGCCGAAAUAAAACGACCCAGUUCAGCGCCUAAGAAGUUGAAAUGCAUUCCCGGAACACUGAAGAUUGAAGUGUCGCCCUGUCCCGAUGAGAUCAAGAAUGGCUUAACACCGGAAUUAGCUAAAUUGAAUCCUUAUGGAGACGAGGGCGUGCGACCUUGCAAGGAGGUGCUGGGGUUCCCGCCGCAGAGUGUUCCUGCGCCGCACCUGCAGUACCGCAACCUGCUCUACCUGUGGGUGCGAGACUUCAACCUCGCCGCCUACACCUCGCGCACUGGAUCCGCCAGGAACAUCACAGUCCGUGUACAACUGAUGUGUGGAGAGGAGCAAGCCUCAGCGUUGCCGGCCAUCUUCGGCCGCAGCUCCUGCCCCGAGUUCAGCACUGAGGCGUACACAACUGUGCUCUAUCACAACAAGAAUCCAUCUCUAUACGAUGAGAUAAAGUUGAAGCUUCCUGCGGAUUUGGGUGACCAGCACCAUCUGCUGUUCACGUUCCUGCACGUCUCCUGUCAGAGGAAGCCCGUCCCACCCGAGCAGGAGAAGAGUGUGGAGACCCCUGUCGGGUACUCGUGGUUGCCGCUGUGCCGGAACGGGAAGUUGACGUGCGGAGAGUUCAGCCUGCCGGUGAUGCAGGAGGAGCCGCCGCCUAACUACAGCUACAUCUUCCCUGACGUGCUGCUGCCCGGCACGCGCUGGAUAGACAACCACAAACCAAUAUUCACCAUAUCACUGGACGCUCACACCACCGUGCACCCAUUGGACGGGUACAUAGAGAGGUUUGCGAUGGCGUGCGAGGCUGUACAGGAGGGCAACAUUCCUCCGAGGAUAGGACUCGCCAACAUGGAGGCUGAGCUGCGCGCCAGUAUAUCAGAGCUGCGUCACGCUAACGUGGAGGUGGUGGCGCGGUACCUGCCGGUGGUGUGUGACAAGCUGGUGCAGCUGCUGGCGGCGCCCCCCGCACUCGCCGGACACACGCUCAACAUCGCGCAGGACGUCUUCACCUGCCUCGCACAGAUAUUCACCGACAUCACAAAUAUGAACGAAGGUGCGUCCUGUGAUGCACACGGACGCAGCAGCCUCAUCACCUGCUAUGUGCAGUACCAGUGCACCAUCCCCAGACCAUCACUCGCCGACGCUGACAUCGGCCUGCCUCUGCCGCCCUCCGUGAUGAGCGACGGUUCAUGCAAGAUCCUGCACGAGGAGCUGGCGCUGCAGUGGGUGGUGGCCAGCGGAGCUACCAGAGACCUCGCCAUGCACAACUCAUGGUCGCUGUUCGAGCUGAUGAUAAAGUCGAUGGUGGAGUACUUGUACUGGAGCGGCGCGCACGAGGCUCCCCGCAAGGCGCGCUUCCCCGACCAGUUCACUGACGACCUCACCACACUCGUUAACAACGUCACCGCAGAGAUCAUCUCCAGCUACGGCAGCAACAGCCGCCUGACGCAGAGCCUCAACAACAGUCUGGCUUUCUUCCUGUUUGACUUGCUGAGUGUGAUGGACCGCGGUUACGUGCUGGCGCUGGUCCGCGGCUACCACAAGCAGAUGUCCGCCAAGAUCGCCUCCCUCCCGGAUGCUGUACCUCUCGUGCACUACAAGUUGGCUUUCCUCCGUAUCAUCUGCUCGCACGAGCACUACGUGUCGCUGUGCCUGCCUGCGGGCGGGGAGGGGGAGCUGCUGGAGGCGGAGUGCACCCCGGGGGGCGGAGGCGCCUCCCCGCGCUCGGGCUCCACCUCGCAGGCGCCCCCGCUGGCGCUCAGCGCAGACUUCCGGUCGCGGCACUACCUCGCCGGACUGUUGCUGGCUGAUCUCACCUCGGCGUUAGAACUGCAGAGCCCGGUGCUGCAGCAGGCGGCGGUGAACGGUGUGCUGGCGCUGCUGACGGCGCACGACGCAGACCCGCGCCUGCAGCCCGCCGCACUGAAGGCACGCGUCGCCAGCCUCUACCUGCCGCUGCUCGGCAUCGUCAUGGACGCGCAGCCUCAGCUGCACAGAGGAUUCACCACCGGGAAAGAAUCAUUACAAUUAGACGGUGAAUUAAGUCAGUUCGGCAAUUUCUACAUCACAUCAUCACCGGAAGAUUUUAAACAGAACGGUCGUCCUCCGUUCAACAGUGAGACGAGCCGCAACCUGCUGAUGUGUCUGGCCUGGGUGCUCAAGUGGACGUCGCGUGACGUGCUGGCUGCCUGCGCCGCUGACCUGCCAGCACCACGUCUGCAUCAGCUGUUGGCCCUCCUUGACCUUUGCUUCAAGUGUCACGAGUACAAGGGUCGUAAAGAAAUACUAAAGUGUGCGCAGCAAAAUGUUCGUAAGACAACAGAUAUUAAAGCGAAACUAGAGGACGUUAUACUGGGACAGGGCUCCGCUCGCAAUGACUUUAUUAUGAGACGUAAAGGUGGUUCGUCAGGUCGCGGGUGCGGGGGGCGGGGCGGACGUGAGCGGUGGCGCAAGGAGUGGGUGCGGGGCGGGGCUCGCUCGCGCCCCGCCUCCCCUGCCCGCCCACACCCCGCCCUCGCCGCCGCACUCGCUGCUGAGCUCGCCCUCGCGCUGCUGCACGCGCUAGAGACCAUCGUACAGUCAGUGAGCGGGCUGGAGUGGGGUCAGACAGCGUGCAGUGCGGCGCUGGGCGUGUUGUUGCGUGCUUUGCAACGUGACCAGAGCGCGCCCGUGCUGCAGCACAUGUUCGCCUCCGUGCGCGCUCUCAUAGUCAAGUUGGGAUGGUCGUGCUGCGGCGAGGAGUCCGGCAUCUGCCGCGUGCUGCUGCGGCACUGCGCCGCGCUGGCUGCCGGCACUCGCGCGCACGCCUCCGCCACGCUCUACGCCCUCAUGCGUCAGCACUACCAGCUUGGCAAUAACUUCAGUCGUGUAAAGAUGCAAGUGACGAUGUCGCUGUCAUCUCUGGUGGGCACGUCCGCCACAUUCAGUGAGGAGGCGCUGCGGCGCGCGCUCAAGACCGUGCUCGUGUACGCUGAGCGCGACGUCGAGCUGCAGGACACCUCCUUCCCCGAGCAGGUGAAAGACCUGGUGUUCAACCUGCACAUGAUCCUGAGCGACACGGUGAAGAUGAAGGAAUUCCAGCAGGACCCCGAGAUGCUGUUGGAUCUGAUGCACCGCAUCGCGCGCGGCUACCAGCACAGCCCCGACCUGCGCCUCACCUGGCUCAACAACAUGGCGCAGAAACAUAUGGAGAGGUCGAACCACCUGGAGGCAGGCAUGUGCCUGGUGCACGGCGCGGCGCUGGCGGCGGAGCAGCUGAAUGCAGGUGGACGUGGCGCCGCGCUGCUGCAGCGUGUCACACACAACGCACUCGACGAGAGCUGCGCUGACGCCCUGCAUCAUCACCUCACGCACCAGGAGCUGCAGGCGCUGCUGGAGCACGCAGCGAGCGAGCUGAUGGCGGCGGGCAUGUAUGAAGCUGUCAACGAGGUGUACAAGGUGCUCAUACCUAUCGCUGAGGAACAGCGCGACUACAAGAAGCUGGCCAACAUACACGGGAAACUAAAUGAGGCGUUUACACGCAUCGAGCAGCUGCACGGCAAGCGCGUGUUCGGUUCAUACUUCCGCGUCUCUUUCUACGGCGCGCGCUUCGGCGACCUGCACGCCGAGGAGUUCAUAUACAAGGAGCACGCCCUCACCAAGCUGCCAGAGAUCUUCAGCAGGCUGGAGAACUUCUACGGAUCUCGUUUCGGGGCGGACAAUGUGGUGAUAAUAAAGGAUUCUAACACGGUGGACCCCGCGACACUGGAGCCCGACAAGGCGUACAUACAGAUCACCUACGUCGAGCCUUACUUCGAGCCACACGAGCUGCGCAAGCGCAUCACGCACUACGAGCGCAAUUAUAACAUCAAGCGGUUCAUGUACGCGACGCCGUUCACAGUGGGCGGGCGCGCGCAUGGCUCGCUGGCGGAGCAGUGCAAGCGCAAGACCAUACUCACCACCGCUCACCACUUCCCAUACGUCAAGACACGUAUACAGGUUGUACAGCGAACUCAAAUAAUCCUCUCACCCAUCGAGGUUGCUAUUGAAGAUAUACAAAAGAAGAUCGCGGAGCUGGCGGCGGCGACUUGCCAGGAGCCUGCGGACCCCAAGAUGCUGCAGAUGGUGGUGCAGGGCUGCAUCGGCACCACCGUCAACCAGGGACCUCUAGAGCUCGCACAGGUGUUCCUGGCGCCGGUGGCGGAGGGUCGGCAGCCCCCCACCCGUCUCACCAACAAGCUUCGACUCGCAUUCAAAGAUUUCUCCAAAAAAUGUCACGACGCGCUGCGCAAGAACAAGAACCUGAUCGGCAGCGACCAGCGCGAGUACCAGCGCGAGCUGGAGCGCAACUUCCAGCGCUUCACGGAGCGCCUCGCGCCCCUCGUGCGGCACACGCCCGGACACGUCGCCAUGCUCAGCAACGGCCUGAGCAAACACGACUACAAAUAUCAAGCUUAAAUUAUCUUAACAUCUUAGAAAAAACAUUUUUAUAUCAAGAUGUCGUAUAUUUUUAUAUUUUAAUUAGAAAUGAUAACAAAAAUGUAUCGCAUCAAUAUUAUCAUUAUCAAACAGUCGAUCUCCUUCGUAUAUCCGAUUUACUAAGGUUACUUAGUUGUUAAGAAAAUUUUAAUUACUUAUGCAUUUAUUACUGUGAGAUUUUUUUCUACUUAUUUUAGUGUAAUUAAGACUUUAUUUGCACAUUAAUUAUGUACAAUUUCUCUACUAUAGUUAUGUUUUUUUGUUGUAAAUA